AUGUGGUGGCUCGUUCUUUGGCUUUCUAUCAUAGGGCCCGUUGCAGUCAAAGGCGAACUUCCAUUGGUGGAUAGCAUUAAUCGACCCAAUUGUGGCGCGGGACACCAAAUUCCUCGGACACGGGUCGAAACCUACGACCGAGUGCAAGCUUUAAGAGCUUGGUUUUCUAAUCCGGUUGGAGAUGGACGCAGCAUCCAGGCGUACAUAAUUGGCUCUGCCGAUCAGCACCAGAGUGAAUAUGUUUCAUCAUAUGAUAAAAGACGAGGAUUUAUCACUGGGUUUCAAGGUUCAGCAGGAACGGCUGUUGUAACUUUCAACGAAUCAGCACUUUGGACUGAUGGCCGUUACUUCUUAGAGGCCGAAAGUGUCCUUGAUUGCCACUGGAGACUGCAGCGCGAGUACACUCCAGGAGUGCCAACGAUUGCUCAAUGGUUGGGAAGUGUCCUACCAUCAGGAACUCGUGUUGGAGCCAGUCCGUUGCUACUCACUUCAGUUUCAACGUUGAUUUUCUUUCUUUCUUUCAUUUCUCCUUUCCUUGCUUUUCCUUCCUUUCUCCUUCUUCAAUUUCUAUUUUUCGUUCUUUUAUCUUUCUUUUUCGUUUUUUCUCUUUUUUCUUUUUCGUUUUUUCUCUUUUUGUUCUUUUUCCUUGAUUCUUUUUCUAUUUUGAUUUUCUCUCUUUUAAAUAAUUUCAUUUUAUCACUUUUGUUUUCUCUCUUUUUCGUUUUCUUUUUUGUCUUUUUUUUGUUUUCUUUCGUUAUCUCUCCCUUUCAUUAUCUCUUUUUUUCGUUAACUCUUUUUAUCUAUCUUUUUGCGUUUUCUAUCUUUUUUUGUUUUGUUUUUUUUGUUUCCUCUUUUUCGUUUCGCUCUUUUCUGUUUUCGCUGUUUUUUUGUUUUGUUACUUUUUUUUCGUUUACUUUCGAUUUCACUGUUUUUUCUUUUUCUCUCUUAUUUCGUUUUCUCUCUUGUACUUUUUUCGGUUUGUUUUUUUUUUCGUUUUCUCUCCUCUUUUCGUUUUUUCUCUUUUUCAAUUUUCUCUCUUUUUUCCGUUUUCUUUCGUUUUCUCUCAUUUUUUUCGUUUGCUUUCGUUGUUCUUUUUUUUGUAUGUGUGUUUAUCGUUUUUGCUCGUUGUCUCUUUUUUGUUUCCUUUCCUUUUCUUUCGCGUUCUCUCUUUAUUUGGUUUUCUUUCAUUUUUUGUUUUCACCCUCUUUUUCCGUUUCGUUCGUUUUCUCUCUUUCCCCUUUCCCUCUUUUUUCGUUUUCUUUCGUUUUUUCUUGUUUUCUUUCGUUUUCUCUCUUUUUCGUUUUUACCUCUGUUUCGACUUUUUCGUUUUCUCUCUUUUUUUCGUUUUCGCUGUUUUUUCGCUUUCUCUCUUUUUUUCGUUUGCCUUCAUUUUCACUCUUUUUUUUUCAUUUUCUUUCGUUUUUUGUUUCGCUUUUCCGUUUUUUUCGUUUUCGUAGUUUUUUCGUUUUUUUCGUUUUCUCUCUUUUUUUUUCCGUUUACUUCCGUUUUCUCUCAUUUUUUCGUUUUCUUUCUUUUUUUUCUCUUUUCUGCUUUCUUUCGUUUUUUUCUCUCUUUUUCGUUUUCUCACUUAUUCGUUUUCUUUCGUUUUCUCUCUUUUUUCGUUUUCUCGCUUUUCUUUUUCGUUUUCUUUCGUUUUCUCUCUUUUUUCGUUUUCCCCCUAUGUUUCCGUUUUCCUUCCUUUUCUCUCUUUUCUUUACCCCCUUUUUUCGUUUUCAUUCGUUUUUUCUUAUUUUCUUUCAUUUUCUCUCUUUUUCGUUUUCUCUUUUUCACUUUCUUUUAUUUUCAUUCGUUUUCUCGCUUUUUUUAUUUUCUUUCGUGUUCUAUUUUCAUUUUCUCUCUUUUUUGUCUUCUUUCGUUUUUUAUCUUUUUUCGUUUGCUUACGUUUUCUUUCUUUUUUCCGUCUUUUUUCGUUUUCUCUUUUUCGUUGACACUCUUUUUUUGUUUUCUCUUGUUUGGUUUUCUUUCAUUUUUUUCUCCUUUUUUCUUUUUUGUUUUCUUUCGUUUUUUUCUCUUUUUCGUUUUCUCUAUUUUUGUUUUCUUUACUUUUCAUUCUUUUUUGCGUUUUCUUUCAUUUUUCGUUUUCUCUCUCUGUUUCCUUUUUUCUCGUUUUCUUUCUUUCUUUCUUUUUCUCUUCGUCUUUCUCUUUUAUAA